ACACGUUUCCUAGCAUCCAUAAUUAUGUUAGUGAUAUUUGUACCCCCCAAAAGAUGUCAGCAUCCUAAUGUCCUUAUUCUUCUGCAGAAACCCGCAGCCCGCACUAGCGGAUCACAAAAGAAACUGUCUUGAACCUGCCAAAGCAAAAUGUCAUGUCCGAAUAAUAUAGUACCCAGUAAUUUUCUGAUGGAUUCUAUAACGAGUGGAUCAUCUUCCUUCAGGAGUGAUGUUUAUUCUAGCAAUACUGGAAUGUACAUCCAUCCAGAUCGUGAAUGCGGAUAUUCAAUGAUGAAAAACAUUGGGAAAAGACGAUCUCCCCUCUCCAAAAAUGACGAGGUACCUCCGAGCGUCAUGACACUUAGUGGCGUCCAGGAUGCGCCUUACAUGUCCACGCAUAUCUCCACUUGGGGUGUGAGCUGCAAAACUAGCAGGGACGAGCAACCUGUUGCCCAUUGUUUACAGCCUUGCUCAUUUCCAGCGAGCAACGUGAAAGAAGAGGCUUUUUGUUACCUUUAUCAGAAAGACAGCAGCAUAGCCAAAGGGACAACAGAGUCAGCCACAUACAUCCGGCUUGGAGACAACAGUCGCCCGACCCAGCAGGCAACCUCGGCGGCCGACCGUUUCCAGGCGACCCAGGUGUACAAUGCCGACAGGCCUCAGCUCAACGACCAAUUCCAAGCUGGCUUUGCUCUGACCCACUUGGCGGGAUCUGUGGACUCAGAAGUGGAAUCAACAAUAAGCAGUGACAAAUUAGACAAGGAGAGAGCAAAGGACUUGUCAGAAAAUGAGAAUGAAGACGGCAGAAAGAAAGCUAAGACAGACAGCUAUUCUGAUAAUUCCGGCGAAGAAUUGCAAGAUAAUUCAUUCACAGAAAAAGCAGCAGGGAACUGGUUAAACGCAAAGAAUGGAAGGAAGAAACGUUGUCCAUACACAAAGUACCAGACGCUGGAGCUCGAGAAGGAGUUUUUGUUCAACAUGUACUUGUCUCGGGAGCGCCGCCUUGAGAUCAGUCGCAGUAUCAACCUGACCGACAGACAAGUCAAGAUCUGGUUCCAAAACAGACGCAUGAAGCUGAAGAAGCUCAAUAGGGAGAGUCGAGAAAGGGACCACAGUGCCAUUUACAACUACAGUUGAACACUUUAAACACACACACACACACACACACACACACACACACACACACACACACACACACACACACACACACACACACACACACACACACACACACACACACACACACACACACACACAUACAUUCACACACAAUCACACACACACACACACACACACACACACACACACACACACACACACACACACACACACACACACACACACACACACACACACACACACACACACACACACACACACACUAACAGACACACUAACAGACACACAAACACGCAUACACACACUCACUCACUCACUCAUUCACACACACACCAACCCACAAACACACACACACACACACACACACACACACACACACACACACACACACACACACACACACACACACACACACACACACACACACACACACACACACACACAUAGUUUACACCAAACUAACUCAGUCAAUCAUUCAAACUAGGUGUUAACUCAAAAAUACAGAUAGUGUGCCUUCCUCGAUAUUAGGCCUACCAGAUAUUUAACACUGCUACUCAAGACCUGGGACCAUUGCUUCGCUCCAUCAGUUUAAACAUUGAGGGUGUCAUUAUAAUGCACAUAAUGUCAACAUUAAAAUGCAAGUCAUUUAAAUGCCCUUGCCCUAUAGUGGAGGGAGUUGUAUAGUGUAGUUAUAUAUAAGUUUGGCACAUUACCGGAUUUCUUGUUGAUGGAUGCUUUUGUUCUGCUGCAUCCGUUAUAAUGUAACGUAUUUUCUGUGUGGUUGUCAUAAUGUGUAAUUUGCAUGCAUACAACUACGCAACUCGAAUCAGAAAACAAUAAACGCAAUGGAAGUAGAACGAUAUUGCCAAAUUUGUCCUUCCCUCAU